GCUAGUAGUAACAAGUGCCACGCUACUAGUAACAAGUGCCUUACUAGUAGUAACAAGAAGCUACUUAGAUUCUUUUCGCAUUGAAAGUCAUUCUGUACGAACAGUGGUUCCGUCCAGGUUGCCGAAGUCUCAGUGAAACCACCAAGAUGUAAAGGGUGCUUGUUUUUCACUUUCCCAGUGAUUUCAAGACGUUGAGCUUCGCUUUCCAGUCGUUUCAAAUGGUUUCCAAACCGGUUUUGUAGUUUUCUUUGCUAGCCCUCCAAGCGAGGAAGAUCAGUUGAGUGAGAGUCCAUAAAACAAAGGAUUCAACCGGUUCUAGGAUUCUGAAGGUUUUAUUUGCAAUCAGGCUGCAUGAACUAUUGUCUCCCUGGAAGGGGAGAUUUCAUAGAGUAUUCUUUCUUCAAGAGAUGUAUGGCACAUCGAGAGAAACAUUUGUGGUCGAACAAGGAUCAGGACCACAACGAGAUGACGGCAAGGCGGACUGUACUGCAAAUCAGCUUUUGACUUUGUGCUUGCUUUGAUUGUGGAGUUGAUGUCGCAUGAUGUAAUGUAGGCAUGAAUAUCGAAAGAAGUUUGUGAUGCAUGUGUGACUCGAGAGAUUUUGCGUUACAGACUCAUGCACUUCUUACCUUCUUUGUCAGGACAUGACUGGUUGUUCUACAGAACAUCAAUGGUGCACAAUGCAUAGAACAGGCUGGGGCAGGCAGAAGACAAACCAUGGAUCUGCCGAUUUCCACCAUACGUCAAGAACUCCGCCAAUGCCACGAAGGCACAGACACGGCCACUUUCGGAUGAGACAGACACCAAGCACCCGUAGGCACAGGCCUCAAACCUGACCCGAAGCAGCAGAAGCGGGACCCGAGCAUGCACAAACUGAGAAUGGGGUACCUGAAAUGCGACAUUCCAAACACAGGUAGGACCGGGCAGAACAAGACAGAAGGAACCUCACACAAGUGUCCAGCCGGGUGGAAGAUCGGCGCUCUGCUCGGAGCACGCUCCGUGCACGCGAAGCGUGCAGAAACCAACUCUGCAAAACAGCAGAAAAGGAUCGCGCAGUGACAGCGCACGGGCUGAACACACGGCACUCUCGAAUGAAGACAUCUGGAUUCCACCUGUGCAAAGUGUCAUCAAGUCAUCAAGAGCUUCUCAAGACUUGCAGCUUGUCUGAUCUGACUUGGGAGGCUUUGCCUCAUGUAUUUCUCUUUGCUAUGUCAGAUACGGCCCAUCUGCAUAAGUGAAGCUCUGAAUCAGCUUCCGAAGAUGUCUGUUGCUUCAUUGUUACAUGCUUUUACUCCCGGAUUCGGCUGCAGUUAAGUUUCUAGCUGCCCGCCAGGAGGAGAAGCCCAAAGAGGAAGAACCAGAAGAGCCCAAGGAGAUAGAAGAAGAAGAUGCAAAGCCUUUGGCUGGACCCAAGGUGAAGGGCUGCUCCUUGAACUUCGAGGAUGCCACACUCAACGUCAUGCCAACGGCCGGUGGUCGCUUACUGAGGACGCUUUGUGAAGGAGGCAUGCAAUUUCUUCUUGCUGCCUGUCGAUCCAACACUGGCGUGAAGUCUGGCCGCUACAUGUUCGAAACCCGCAUCGUCGAAGAGCUUCCCACCACCGAGAAUCAUGGUGCCCGAGUUCCACAGCCCAAGCAGCUGCUUCGGGUGGGAUUCACCCUUGAGGGGUCUUCGCUCUUCUUGGCAGACGGCACAGACAAUGUUGCUUUUGACUCAGAGGGCUUCUUCACUGUUGGCAAGGUCCGUAGCAGGUCUGGAGCAAAGUUCUGGCGCAACCAGACAGUGGCUGUGCUUCUGAACUUGGAGGAUGGCCCCAACAAGAACACCGUGAGCUUGUUCGUGGAAGGGGUUCGAAAGUCGAAGCCCAUGCCGCUUCCUGAGAGUUUGUGUGGCAAAGUCUUGUAUCCAACCAUCACCUACCGGAACAUCUCCUUGGAAGUGAAUUUGGGACCAGCUUGCAGGAAGCCACUCCCCUUCACCUGCCACAUGGUGGCGGGUGCUGCUGCAAGUGAUGUGGUGGUGUCUGCUAGCAAGACCAAGGGGAAGAAGGAGUGCGUUUUUCCAAUUGGCCUUCCAGAUCAAGGCUAUUUUGAUUGGGUGGAUCAAUUCUUGGAGAAGAACCCAGGCUAUGUGGAAUUGAGCGACCGGAAGAUGAUUGAAUGGGCCUGGAAGAGCGGUCUUGGACGGCCUAGAAAAGGAGGCUCCAACGACAAGCCCGACCUGACAUUCAGCAAUCCAAUGCUCGAUGAUGGUAGCAUCAAGAAGGUGGUCUCCAAUGUGUCUCCCUGCUUGGAGAGGAACUACGUGAUCCCCGAGUUGAGAGCCAACUUGGUGUCUGCCGACCGUGCGACCUCUUUGCAAAAGUACAUCGCUCAGGAUUAUAAGCGCAAGGCCAUCGUGAUCAUGGGCGAGCCCACGAAGGAGUACAAGGAGAAGAUCCAAUCCAUGAUUCUUCAGGAAAAGACUGCAAAGGCUGAGGCUGAGAAGAAGCGCAAGGCACAAGAGGAAGAGCGGAAACGGCUCUUGGAGCUUCGGGCCAAGAAGGCUCAGGAGGCCAAAAAUGCCAAGAAGGCCAAGGAUGCUAAGGAUGAGGAAGAGACCAAGGAGGAGGAAGUCACGGAAGACGUCAAGAUGGACGAGCCCGUGGUGGUGGAGCUGACAGAAGAAGAGAAAGCCAUGAAGUACAGGAAGACUGACCUCCCGGACAUGGCCGAAUCGGACUUGUCCAAGAGCUACACCAGCUUUUCUCUGCCGAGCAAGGAGGAAGGCUUCGAGGAAGUUCUCUACGAGUGGCAGAAGGAGGCCGACUGCAGCAGCCUCCUGAAGUCUUGGAUCCUCCAGCUGAAGCUCACUCAGCGUGCUGAGGACCUGCAGCCUGGUGCUGCCUUCAAGGAAUCUUGGCAGAAGUGGCAGAAGACUCUGCAGGAGUGGCGCCGAGCUCAGCAAGACUACAAGGAUCCCACCAAGAGGAAGGCUGCAGCCGCCAAGAAAGCGGAAGCAGAAAAGAAGAAGCUGGAGGAAGAAAAGAAAAAACUCAUGGAAGCCGGAGAUGAAGAUGGAGUCAAGGCCUUGGAGGAGAGCGCCAAAGAGAAGGCAGCUCCCAUGGAGAUUGAUUUUGAGGACCUAGACGUCAUGGGUGUCUCCGACAUCCUGGAUCUGGGCAACGGCAUGCCACUCUUUGACAAGUUCGCCUACGAAGACUGGACCCUUCUCUCCACUCGUUAUGAGCUCCACCUUCUCCUUCAUUCCUUCAAGAAGGACUUGAACGACCCCGACAGGCCAAGUUUUGGAGAGAAGCACUUGGGAUUCUACUACACGAAGUACUUCAAGAAGGCCUGGAACUUUUCCCAGUUUGGCCUUGAGAAGUUCGAGGAUCUCAUGGAUGUGAUUCGGGACAGCGUGAGCAUCGACCAGCAAUUCCUUAAGGCUGAGAAACCAGAGGACACUCCUUUGGAAGAUUUCGUCAAGUUCACCGAGGAGCAUCGACGGGAACGCGAGAGACGUGUGGACGCCGGUGAUGAGACCGCCAAGCUGAAAUUCACUAGGCCCGUGGCGCGGCAGGCUGACAAAGGCGCCAAAGGUGGCUCGAAAGGAGCUCCGGCGCCUGCCACUGGCGGCCGGUCGAACUACGGCAGCUACGGCGGCGGCAACUACGGUGGUGGGGGCGGCUAUGGCGGAGGCGGCUACACCUCGCAAAAGCGGACCUAUCCUUCUCAGUCCUCCUACCCUCCUGCCAAGCAGCCGAAGACCUCCUACGGCUCCUAUGGCAACGGCGCUCGUGGAGGAGGUGGUGCAUACUACCGAAAGUGAGCCUUUGGCCCCGCCCGCGCCACGCAAGAUCUUGCCGCUGGGUGCACCCAUUGUGAUGCAAAGGCCAAGUUUUUGUGUUCGGUGUGCUUUGUGGCCCAGGCUGUAUAUUGGUCAAUCGACUUCUCUGGCAAGCCAGACUUUCGAAGUUUUAGACUCCGAAUUAUGGUCGCAAGGGCUGCCAGGGAAGCGUAUGAAUCUCCUUUCUCGUGCAUUGAAGAGUCCACUGGAGGGUGGAAUGCAGGGCCUAUCAGGU